ACCAAAGGAACACUUGAAGAGAAGAUCAUGGGAUUACAAAAGUUCAAGCUCACCAUUGCAAACACAGUCAUCUCCCAAGACAACUCGAGCCUGCAAACCAUGGACACGGGUCAAAUUUUAGACCUCUUCACCGUGGACACGCGCAACAAAGACGAAGGAAAGAAACGCGAAGCCGAGGCAGGAAAGGGGAAGUCAUCUCUCAAAUCCAUCCUAGAGAAUAUGGGCAACUUAUGGGAUGAAGAGCAGUACGAAACAGAAUACAACUUAGAUAAUUUUAUCGAGACUCUAAAGUGAACAGCAGAAGAACAAAAGAUAGUGUAAGGGUAGGGAGGGUGGGGUUGACGUUUCAKUUCCUCAGUAUGAUUACUUUACUGGGAUGUCAGACGUCCUAAAAGUCUAUUUGGGUUCGUUUUCAUGAGAUAUACAUGUUUAUUCGGCAUAGAAUAUUUAGUAUUUUCUCACAGAUUAGUGACCCAGAUUACUCGAUUCAACGGUGAGGUCACGUGAAUAAAAUCUACAAGUUUGCAGUGACGUCAUUUUCGCGAGCAAAGCAUGACGGGAAAUAUUGUCCUCGCAUCUGUUUCAUAUCCAUUGAAAUGMUUCAUAUAUAUGAGAAAGUGUGGGAGGAUUGCUUCUUCAAUCAUGCUUUGCUGCACGAAAUGGUGUCGUAGAAAAAUUUACAUGAAGUAAACAGACCGUGUACGUAAGGAUGCAAAUUUAGGAUAUUUUGAAAACAAAGCAAUUAGUCUACUCAGUCACGGUUUUGACCCACGUUCCACCGCGCAAACUCAUAGACUCUUACCGCAGACCUAAUUUUGUACGAUUUUCUACCAGUUAUAGCGAGCACAACAAGAAAAAUAUCUAAAGAGAUGUAUUUAUGAAGAUCUGUAUUCUUGAUUAUUGUUAAUAAACAAAACAAAAAUAGAGUGAUUUUCA